UCGGAGCGAGGGGGGGUGGAUUUGGUACAAAAAUAGACAUAGAAGGAAGAUGAAAAAGACAAAGGGGAUCCACCAUUACCUUAUUAUCUAAGAGUCUCUACCUGAUGCUGCCCUGGAAGUAAUGGUGCGCAAGAGAUAAUGAGAGUCAGAUUAAGGAGAAGUGAGGUAGAAAUGGAGAGAGGAGGUGGGAUUUAACACGCAAGAAACGGAGGGAGAUUUAGAUAGAAGAGGGAGGGAAAGGGAAACCAGCGCAGAGCAGGAGCAGAGGCGGUGGAUGUUAGCAGAGGAGAGACGAGGCAUUGACUGGUUCACACUGAAAGGAGGAGAGCGGCUGUUUUUAUGAGCUCGCUGUUCACGAGGACGGACUGCAGCUGGAUUGUUUGUCGUCUUCGGCUGCCCUGAAGCAAAAGGACGUUUGGCAAAAGAAAGGAUGCUGUGGAUGUAGUGCUGCGUGCUGAGCUAGAGAUGUGGACUCUCUGGCUGUGAUCCGCCUCCUCGUAGACUCGCACCGGUGCUGUCGCAGGCCGGCAGCCUUGCAGUUCGGCAGCCACAGGGACUGAUUCACAAUGAGCUCCAAGCAUUCUUCCGACUGGAUCCCCUACAGCACUUUAGAUGAUGAAGGCACCAACCUACGGCAGCAGAAACUUGAUCGACAGCGAGUUCUGCUGGAGCAGAAGCAGAAGAAGAAGAGGCAGGAGUCUCUAAUGGUCCAAUCCAAUGUGGAUGGACGAUCUCGCACACGUCGGACCAAACAGAGUGAGGAACAGGCUCCUCUGGUGGAGUCCUACCUCAGUAGCAACAGCAGCACCAUUUACCACGUGCAGGAAGCUGACUCGGAGGAGGUGAAGGCUGUGGCAGAUCCACAGCCACCUCGCUCGGCGAAAAAGGGAAAAGCGUCGGCCAGUUCCACGCCACAGACGGGCAGCGACAAGAGGGAGCGGAGGGGGAAGCACAAAGCAGGGAUGGACAUGAUGGCCUCCCAGCAGGAGGACGGUCACAUCCAGAUCUUGACAGUGGGUCACAGCACCACAGAGGAGGGUCCAACAGAGCCUGUCAUGAACUGUACUCCAUCUCAAAGCAAACAGGACCUGCGGGUGACCAUGCUCAAAAAAGGAAUGUCGAGCAGCAUGAACUUCGACGAGGAAGAUGAUGAAGAUGAAAUUAGCUCCAGUUCCUCGCAGCUGAACAGCAACACCAGACCUGGCUCUGCCACCAGCAAGAAGUCAUGCAAGCAGGAAGUUGCAUCUGCACCCACGCCGCCAGCCAGCGAGCCUGCCGUGGAUGUGGACGAUCUGGAGGAGUUCUCUCUGCGGCCGGCACCACAGGGGGUCAGAGUGAAGUGCAGGAUCACCCGGGACAAGAAAGGCAUGGACAGAGGGAUGUAUCCCACCUACUAUCUGCACCUGGAGAGGGAGGACGGCAAGAAGGUGUUCCUGCUGGCCGGCAGAAAGAGGAAAAAGAGCAAAACAUCCAAUUACCUUAUCUCCAUCGAUCCCACUGAUCUGUCUCGAGGGGGAGAGAGCUUUAUUGGGAAAUUGAGGUCAAACCUCAUGGGGACCAAGUUCACAGUCUACGACAGCGGGCUCAACCCGAUGAAAACCAGCACCAGCCUUGAAGCUACCAAUCUACGUCAAGAGCUUGCAGCCAUAUGCUACGAAACUAACGUCUUAGGAUUUAAAGGGCCUCGCAAAAUGAGUGUGAUCAUCCCAGGAAUGAACAUGGACCACGAAAGAGUUUCUAUUCGGCCACGGAACGUACGUCGCAAGGACCACGAGUCCCUGUUGGCCCGGUGGCAGAACAAGAGCACAGAGAGCGUGAUCGAGCUUCACAACAAGACUCCGGUCUGGAACGACGACACACAAUCUUACGUGCUGAACUUCCACGGCAGAGUCACUCAGGCUUCUGUCAAAAAUUUCCAAAUUAUUCACGACAAUGACCCUGACUACAUUGUGAUGCAGUUUGGCCGCGUGGCAGAGGACGUCUUCACCAUGGACUAUAACUAUCCCAUGUGCGCCCUGCAGGCCUUCGCCAUCGCCCUCUCCAGCUUUGACAGCAAGCUGGCCUGUGAGUAGAGGGCCAGAGCCCCGCAGCCGGUACAUUUGUCCUCCCAACAAGGGCUGUUAAGGCUUACCAGGGCUCCAAAUCAACCCUGGAAAAUCCUCAAACGAUCCUUGGGCCUCAAGUUUACUCUGUGAGUGUGUGUGUGUGUAAGUGACGAGCACAAAGAGUGAUCCAGUUUGGUUUAUUUUGUAUCGUCUCCAAGAGCACCGACUUAACACAUCCUUAUCUGUAAAUGACAGCUAACACCGUGUUGGCAGGGUCUUCUGUAGUAACACAUGACACACUUCUGAAGCAUGACUACGUCUCGUGAGCAUCUACAUGCAUGUCACCGGUUAUUUAUUUGGUUAUUUAUCUAUUUAUUACACCCUUUUACGUUGAGGUCACCGAGCAGCGAAGCACACGAGAGAAGGUUUCCACAGGAUACGACAGGACAGACACCAACUCACUGCUGCGUCACAGUGUUAUGAUCAUGAAUGUACCGCGGAGGAUAUCAAAGACGACUGAGAGUCACAUGUACAUAGAUUCUUGUGCCUUCCCAGACCAAUGUUGCUUGAGCUGUUUAAAGAGCUGAGCCUGGACUGGCCUUCCGCUGUCCUCACACGCGUUUGACAAACUAUCGUACCCAGCUAACAUCCGAGUCACUCUGCAGCCGUAAUAGGGAUGAUACGUUGUUGCACCAAAGUUGGCUGAACUAACCGCACAGUUUUACUCCGACGGCUUAUUUGUAGCAAGAAAUCAAUGGCAGUGAAGAGCAAAAUUUUUAAAAAGAAAAAAGCAGAUCACAUCUGUUAUACCAUUUCUAUUAUGAAAAAAGCUAAACCGGAGUGAAAAAAUGCAGCUUAGUGGAAUUUGACAUGAGUCAAGAGGUGGUUUAUAUUGGCAUAUUGUUCAUAUAUUUCACACACACACACAAUGAAGUUUUACAAGAACUAAUUCUGGGUCGCAAGUGAGCUGCUCCUCCAACAGCUGCCUUGAAGGAAGUACUGUAUGGGGACCGAAGAUCUGCACAAAAUGAUACUGUGAACGGUCCGUCACGUCAUUUCAUGCUCAUUACGCACUACAACAGUAAGAGAACGUGAUCCAGAACUAUGAACCAAGUUGUUUUCCUGAUGAAACAUGGACGCUUUCAGAACAUUCCGUUCAUGUUGAACCAUAUAGACUGAAAGCUUAAGCUCUAUGGUGGGUUCUGGCGCCCCCUUCUGUGACGACUCAGAACUGAACAGUCGCGUCGAGGUCUUUAACUAUUAGAGCUUGUUCUUUUCGUUAAUUCUGAUUGAUUAAAUGUAGAAAAAAAUGAUCAAUUUUUGAUGAUGUCAUCCUGAUGUUUCAUCUUAUGGAUUCAAUUUAAAUCACAUCUUUCUGCAGUUUUAAAACAACAUUUAUCAUGAGCAGUACAUUAAAAACCUCUUUUUUAUUUUUUAGAUACAUUUUUUAAUGGAGUCCCAUCCCUGUUAAAUAUGAAUUCUUUCCAAAGAUGGUUGGAUAUUUGAAGUGGUUUGCCCUUGAAAGUUUCAAACGUGUUUGGGACAAUCCUGAUUUAGAGUCAAGGCUUUAUGUUGGUCACAACAUGAGUCCAGAAAUCGCUCAUAUUUCUUUCAUUCCUCACCUGCUUUCCAAGUUAGGUGGUAUUCACUGAUCAAGAUACAGUGUGUCUCUGCUAUAGCUCCCACCUAGAGUGUAUUUACUACAAAUGAAACUGAAGCCUUUCUGUUGUCUCCCCAACACCAUCACACAGAGCAGCAGCUCUUACUGCAUUUCAGCAUUAAAAAAAAAGUGCUGAUCGAAGGCAAAGAACAAUCUCUGUUAAUGUUGCUGUGGAUGAUGAGUCGGAUCUUUAUCAAAUGUGCUAUUCUUGUACUCGACUGUGCUAUUUUGAAUUUAUAUCUACACUGUUGAUACUCUUGCUGUAAAGUUUGCUUUCAUACAUGUAAACCAAAAGUUCCCUCACCUUCUGUUCCCAGUGCUCUGGUUGUUAUGUACAGUUCAUGGAUUGCUGUGGUGGUAAAAACACUUCAUCAGGAAAUAAAAACAACAAACAAAGUCAAACAAGCUGUUUGAGGGGCUUGUUUUCACGUGUUUUUGUCAUCUCUAUUCAUGCUGUUUGAAUCAGAGAAAAAUAUUAACAACGGAGUGUGACUUUUCAUUUGUUUUUUUUUGUUUUUUCAAAAAAAGAAAAUGGAUAAUGACGAAUGAAUGAUGAAAUAGAGGCUAAUCAUAAUGGCCAAAUAAUGUCAUCAGACUUUAUAUAAACUUAAACUGUAUAAACUGACACAUUUCUCGAAAGAGCUCGGGAGGAAUUCUUUCUGGAAAAUUCAUCACAUAACAUUGCUGACUUGAAACCACCGUGCAGCAUCGCAUUCAGCCACUAGAUGGAGGUAUUGGAAAUUAUAGCCAAUAUAAUUCCAUUUCUCACCCUCUAAAAUUGAGUAACUGGUUGAUCAAUGAAGAACAUGUUUACUUCUCCCUCUUGCUCCGCAUCCUGAGUCCAGUGACCUCCUUCGGUUUCUGCUCCUGGAUGUGCUUCUCCUCCUCAGCUCCGGACACAAGCUCUUCCUCCUCUGCUUCCUCCUCUGGGUUGGGACACACACAGCUGAACUGCAGACUCUCUGCCUCCAUCACUGGAUCAUCUUCAUCUCCGGCAUCGUCCAUCUCCGUCCCACCCUCCUCCUCCUCCUCUUCUUCGUCCUCCUCAAAAGUGGCUUCUCUCGGGUAGCGAAAAACAUCUCUGUGGUCACUGAAGGUGAGAUGCUUCUUCCCUCCACCCUGGAGCUCCCUGCUCACUUCCAGCCCGAGUCUCUCCGGCUUUCCAACCGGCACUUGUUGAGAUGAUUCACAAGUCAUCAACAGUCUCUUCUCCGCUUCUGCCUCCUCCUCCUCCUCUUCUGUACACUCAUCCACCUGCUCUUCAUGCUUCUCCUCAACCUUCUCCUCUUCAUCCUCUGUAUACUCAUCGACUUGCUCUUCCUCCUCAUCUGCAGCAUGUGUGUUCUCCACCUCCUCUUCCUCCUCCUCCUCUUCUUCUCGCUCAUCUUCAUCUUCCUCCUGCACGACUGAGAGCCUCCUCAUCACCACCUCAUCCUCCUCCUGCUCCAUCCUCUCAGCGAGGGCUUCAGCUGUGGGCUGAUUGGUUAUCUCCUCGAAGGUCACCAUUUUCGGUGCAUAUCUGUUGGUGGUCAAGUCGUUCUCCGGGUACGUCUCCUCUGGGUACCCUGUUGUUUUAAACAAACAAGUGCUGCAUGAAGACACUGUGACACACUUGACUGCUUUGGUGACUACCUUCCCAGUCGGCACCAUAAGGGACCUCCUCUGCCUCCAUCUCUGGCGACGCCCCUUCUAGUCGUCCCUCCUGCAUCAGCUGGGUGAGUUCCCUCAGCUCCCGUAAUAGUUUCUCCUCCCGCUUAGAGGUUCUGGUUUUGCCCUUCUUCCUUCUCCCACUAGGGACAGCAGAGGGGACAACAUGAGUUCCAUGUCUCCUCUUCUUUUACCACCCUUCAUCUGGUGACACGAUGAGAGUCGAUUCAAGUCGGUCCAACCAAGUUACAAACCAUUUGUUUGCAUUUCAUCACCACCGCGUCGAUUAGAAUGUUUGAAAGUGCGAUGACAAGGUUUGAUGCGCUUGACCAUCAGGACAAAAAAAGCUCUCACGUAAAUGUGGUCUGCAAAUGACCCCGGAGUCUUUGCAGCAAAACAAAUGUGGAUGGAGAAAAACAUCUUCCAUGUCCAAUUCAAAAUAGCUCUCAGGUAGGAGCAGUUUUAAUAGAGGAUUUUGUCAAUGUCUGAACAGAACUAAACGUAUUUAUUUGACCAAACUCCAUGUAGUUUAAAGCGUGUGAACUAAAUCAUUAUUGAAAAUACUUCAGUCAAGUGUAAAGACUGAACCAAAGUUCCAGUAGCAACUCAUAUGUCACUUCAUUGAAGCAACUGGCAGUCUGUCCAGGGUGUCCGCCGAGGUCCCUGUUCUUACGACAACC